AUGUUUAAAAUACCUGCAGAAAGGGCUAUUCUCUUUUUAAAAGCCAGUGUUAUCUUAUCUGCCUGUUGGCCACCUUCACCAAAGGCAAAACGUUCUCAUAUCAUUUUAUUUGAAUUCUCUUGGUACGUCCUUUUUAUCAACAAUUUAUUCCUUUUAUUUCCAUUGAUAAAUGCUAUUUAUGAGAAUCGUAAUGAUUCCAUUGGCAUGACCAAGUCGAUCUGUUUGUCUUGUGCUGUCACACAGAUCACUUUUAAAAUGAUAUUCUGCCGUCUUGAACGUUCUCGAUUACAAUCUUUGCUCUUCGACUUUGAAAACUCUUGCAAAAUUAAAACUAGUCGGGAAAAAGUUGAAUUUGAAAGAUACAUAGAUAAAUGCAAAUACAUUCACACACUUUACACGACUUUAUGUUAUUUAACAGCAAUCGUCAUUAUCUGUAGUCCACUAUACACAUCCCAAAGAUUUCCGACUAAUGCUAAAUAUCCUUUUUCUGUGAAUUAUUCACCAAUUCGUGAAAUAAUCUUUCUUCAUCAAACCUUAGCAGGUUUACAAGCCUCGACUGGCAUGUGUAUUGAUUGUCUACUUGCUGCUCUUCUCUGGUAUAUCGGUGCAAAAUUCGAAGUUUUAUCAAAGGAUAUCAGAGAAUUUAGAAAUGUGGAAGAAUUGAAUUUUUGCUUAAAGAAACAUCAGGAAAUACUCAGCAACAACCAAUGGCAGUGAAGAUUCAAUAUGUCUUCAUUGUGUGUGUGGCCAGUACAGAACUUCUGAUUUCUGCUUGGCCCGCAGAUAAUUUAAUAAAUACAAGCAGUAAUAUCUCCUGGGAUGUAUAUAAUUCCAACUGGUUGAAAUGUAAUCCUCGUAUAAGAAGAAAUCUUGUGCAAUGUAUCAUCAGAUCGCAAAAAUUUGAAACAAUUCAUAUUGGGAAACUGAAAAUACCAUUGUGUCUUCAAUAUUAUGCUACAUACUUAACUUCAUCUUUCUCUUAUUUCACUACAUUGAGAGCAGUACUUGGAAAAGAAUAAUAUGGAAUCGUAUUAUGAAUUGUUAAAGAUGAAAUAAGAAAAUAAAAAGAAGAUGAGAUUACUGCAGCCAUAAAUUUUCUUCGUGAAAUCUAUCGCAAAAAUUCUCGGAUUACAAUAAGAACAUGUAACAAUAGUGGUAUUAGUUGAA